CUCACCUGAUAACUACGGAGCCUCACAUCAACAGAAGAGAAGCGAAGAUCCGUAUGGGAAAAAGGAUGAUUCCUCUUACACAGCUCAUGGCUGGUUCGAUGACGGUAAGUAAUAGUGGGUGGCAUGGCAUGGCAUAGGGAUCGUUGAUACAUAUAAGCGAUAGCGGUGGUGCGUUGGAUUCUUUGGUGAAUGACUUAAUGUCGAAAAUGUCGACAGAGGACCAAAAACCGGCGCCCAAGGCUGUUCAACCAAACACUCCACUACCUGUUGCAAAUAGUUGUUCGGCGUGCGGCAAGGGGAUUUCGCGUAGUGAACAAGUGGUGAACAUGGAAAGUCGGUGUUAUCACCGUAGGUGCUUUCACUGCGCUCUGUGUGCGGUUGAGUUCAACGAUCGGCAAACAUGUUACGAACAUGAGGGAAAGCUAUUCUGCGAACGAGACUACCGUGUGGUCAAAAAGAGGGUUUAUUGUUCCGGGUGCGACAAGCCUCUUACUGCACAUCAAGAAAGCAUGAAAGCUCUCGGAAAACAGUACCAUGUUGGACACUUGCAAUGUUACCAUUGCAGACAGCCUCUCAAUCCUAAAACGAUUGGUUUGGUAGAGCAUCAAGGUCGGGUGUUCUGCAGAGAGGAUUUCAAGCACCUUUUCUUGCCAAAAUGUCGUAGCUGUGGAUUGCCGGUAGAGAAAGAGGCCGUUUCUGCCUUGGAUGGAAAGCUGCAAGGAAAGUGGCAUCGAAAUUGUUUCGGUUGUCAGACUUGCCACAAUGCGUUCCCCGAUAAUACUUUUUAUGUCUACGACGGUGCACCUUAUUGUAAACGACAUUACCAUAGACUGAAUAAUUCGCUCUGUCGAUCGUGCGACGAGCCAAUUGAAGGUCCAUGCGUACAGACAAUCGAAGGUUGGCGUUACCACCCAGUUUGUCUCUCAUGUUCGGUCUGCCGCAUUCCGAUCACCGAUGUAUACUACAUUCACGAAAAUAGAACCUAUUGCGAAACACAUAUGCUUCAAUUGCAGCGCUCGCGGAACGUUCGCGCAGAACGUAGACAAACCAUGUUCAAAAACCUGUAGAUAUAGCCUUUUUAAAAAAUUUACUGCCGUCCUAUAUUUUUCCUUUUAUGAUAAUUCUGUGUUCUUGUA